AUGGCCGAGCAUCUUUACCUGCUGGGUUCGGCGCCCGAUUCCAGCCUCUUCAGCUUUCCUCCCACAAACGCGCCGGCCCCAAUCCCUCCUGUCGACGUUGCCACAUCCAUUUUGCGCCCAUUCAACAUUCCUGGGCACAUCUACACAGCUGCUCUCGACGCCAAGGUCCCCUUGACCAUUGCUACCCUCUACGCCGUCACCGUCAAGAGCCUCAACAUCUACAACAAGUCUCACGGCAAGAAGCCCUGGGCAAUCAGCAAGACCGGCCCCUUCCAUGUCUUUGUUGUCCUCCACAACGUCUUUCUCGCCGUCUACUCGGCAUGGACUUUCUGGGGUAUGCUCGGUGGCAUGAGGAGGAGCAUUCUGAACCCAAUGGGUCCUCAGGGUCUUGCCGGUACCGCUGACAGCUUCUGCCGCCUUCACGGCUCUCAAGGUCUUGGAAACUCUGUCUACUACAACGAGACCUUGAGCACAUUUGUUACUAUUUCUGAGCAUGCCCCCAUCGUUAAUGGCCUUCCUAGUGGCACAGAGACGGGCCGUCUCUGGAACGAGGGCUUGGCUUACUACGGCUGGAUCUUCUAUCUUAGCAAGUUCUACGAGGUCCUCGACACCUUCAUCAUCCUCGCCAAGGGAAAGCUCAGCUCUACUCUGCAGACCUACCACCACGCCGGUGCUAUGAUGUGCAUGUGGGCCGGUAUGCGCUAUAUGUCUGCUCCCAUCUGGAUGUUUGUCCUGGUUAACUCGUUCAUUCAUUCUCUGAUGUACUUCUACUACACUCUGACUGCUUUCUCGAUUCGGGUCCCUACUCCUAUCAAGCGCACUCUCACCUCGAUGCAAAUUACUCAGUUCCUUGUUGGCGCCUCUUACGCCAUGGCUCACUCUUUCGUUUCUUACACGGUUCCCAUCACCAUCACUCGCACGCAGACAAACGGUGACGCGGCUGCUGCUACUUCAUCCGACUCAACUCUCGAGACUGUUGCUGCUAGCGCCAUUGAGUCACUCAGGCAAUUUAUCUGGGGAGCCGCUGAGGCUGCUGGCGGUGAGCCCGUCGUCUCCCAAGCUGCUGGCGUCCACAGCACCGUGACCACCGAGACUCGAUACAUCACUCAGCCUUGCGUCACCACCACCGGCGAGACCUUUGCCAUCUGGCUCAAUGUGUUGUACCUCGCCCCCCUGACAUACCUGUUCGUCAGCUUUUUCAUUGCCAGCUAUGUCAAGCGCAGCAACGCUGCGGGCAAGAUCUCUCGGAAGGGCGCUGCCCCCGAUGUUAAUGUCAACGUCGCCCUCGCCGAGAAGGCUGGCUGGGAUGCUGCCAAGGGCAUCGAGAAGGAGAUCUACAAUGGCGAGAACAUGGUCAACGGCUCUUCUGAUGAGGCCUCGCGGGCUUCAACUCCUAAGAAGGCUAAUGGUAAGUCUCGAAGAAAGGCUUAA